GCCGCAACCCCCCUGCAGGCCUACGCCCCCCCCGCAGGCCUACGCCUCCCACUGUAGGCCUCGACGUCCCCCCGCGGUGCCUCGCCCCCUCGCCUUGUCCGUCUGCGCUGGCAGCAGCGGCUGUCAGCAGACAGCACAGCGCUCCCACACCACCGCUCAGAGGUGGAGUUUCUCCUCCUUUGUCUCCUCCCGGGAUUGGGCUCUGUGCUGCAAUCGAACCCCUUGUCACGAGCAGCUGUCCCACAGGAGCGAGCUCUUCAUGACAGAAACCUUCCCAGGCAGCAUCCGGAGCGCGGACAGCAGCUUCACCUGGGGACAGAGAGGACAGUAGAAUCGGGGACAAGGACACCUGCUCCCCACCUAUCCCAGGGCACGUGCUGCAGACCAUGGGAAAUGGCAUGAGCAAGAUCCUCCCUGGCCUUUACUUGGGAAACUUCAUUGAUGCCAAAGACUUGGAGCAGCUAAGCCGGAACAAGAUCACCCACAUCGUGUCAAUCCAUGAAUCUCCCCAGCCCCUGUUGCAGGACAUCACCUACCUCCGCAUUCCCCUGCCAGACACACCUGAGGCCAGCAUCAAGAAGCAUUUCAAGGAGUGCAUCAGUUUUAUCCACCAGUGUCGCCUGCAAGGAGGGAACUGCCUCGUCCACUGCCUGGCUGGGAUCUCCCGCAGCACCACCAUCGUCGUUGCCUACGUCAUGGCUGUCACAGAGAUGAGCUCUCAGGAGGUGCUGGAGGCCAUCAGAAGCGUACGACCUGUUGCCAACCCCAACCCUGGCUUCAAGCAGCAGCUGGAGGAGUUCAGCGGCAGUGCAGCCCGCAAGAUGCGCAGGCACCUGAAGCAGAGGUAUGGGACGUCCCCUUUCAAUGACGAGGAAGAAAUCAAGGCCCUGCUACCAGUGGGGAGAGGAAGAGCAUCCCAAGCAGAGGGAGCUCGGCAAGGACUGGUACCAAGAGCCAGGGACAUCAAGAGCACUGCUCCCUUCCUGCUACGGGUGAAGAGGACGUUCUCCUGCAUUCCAGCUUGUCUGAAGUGAUCCCAGCCCGGAUCACCUCAUGGCCUGGUAAAGACUAAGGAGCUGCAGCAGCAGAGAAGUGCCGCAUCGCACAGCCACAAUGAGCCCAGCUCCUUCUCCUCUCUGGGUUCAAGCGUGCCAUCUUCUGUCCUGGCUUUCAGCUAUUGGGGGAGGGAUUCAUUCACACUGCUGUACUCUGCAGGGUCAGUCCAUUAGUGCCUGGUGUGUGGGGACGUCUGGCAGAAACACAGAUCACAGUUCCCAGUUCACCACGGCAGUGACAGAUAGGGCUUCCCAGCACCCAGGUGAUGCUGACAGCAGCUUUAGCACUUCAACACCAGCUGCAUGGGCCUCAGGGGCACACGAGGUGCAGGAGAUCUCUCUGACUCCUCGGAGCAGUUUUCCCACCAGCAGCAGCAAGCUUCCAGAACCAAGGUGGCUGCAGUGCAGGGGCAUACAGGAGCAGCUAAUCAUGCUGUACUGGUGCUCCAGGCCAGCCAAGCACAAGCCUCAAGCAAACACUGCAGCUUUCAGUGUUCAUUGCACCGCAUUCCCACUGAUCCCAGGGCACAAUCUUUAAAUGGUGGGAAAUAAAUGUUUAACCUCGCCAGACCUCACUAAA